UUUCUGACACUGUUCCUUGUUAAGGUUGUACCAAGAUGGUAUGAACACUGGACUUCAAACUUAGUCUAUGACGGAGACAUGAUCGUACUUCAAGGGCAAGAGAAAGUAUUCCUCUCUAAAUCAAUGGAGUCAUCGGACUACGACGUGAACAAAGAGUACACAAAGCUCACAUUCACUCCAACUCAAGCAGACCGUUUCGUUCUAGCCUUUAGAAACUGGCUCAGACGGCAUGGCAAGAGUCAGCCUGAAUGGUUCGGCUCCACCACAGCUAACCAACCUCUCCCUUCCACUGUCUUAACCAAGCGUCAGAUGCUGGAUAGAUUUGACCAGCAUACACAAGUGUGUUCCUCAUGCAAAGGAGCUUACAACGUUUUCCAAACCCUCAAGAAGUUUCUUGUUGGAGCGACGGUUUUCUGGGCCGCCACUGCUGGUGUUCCUUCUGAUGUUCAGAUUCGGCUGAUUCUGGCUGGUUUAUCCCUGAUUUCAGCUGCUUCGGCGUAUGCUUUACAUGAACAAGAGAAGAACUUUGUGUUUAGAGAUUAUGUCCACUCUGAAAUCGAAUAAAUGUGUUGUAUAUUAGUAUAUUUGUACAAUCAUCAUACAAACAUUGUAAAUCAAAUACCAGAGAAAACUUCUACAAGUUUACAUCUACACUUUUAUCAUA